AUGGAGCCGCGUGCGGGGGGCGCCACGGACCCUAGAGGGAGCAGAGGAGGCCGCGGCGCUCCGCAGCGGGCCGGCCCCAGCGCCCGGCAGCUCCUGUCGCGCCUGGACGCGCGCCCCCUGGCGGCCCGAGCUGCGGCCGACGUGGCGGCGCUGGUGCGCAGGGCGGGCGCCACUUUGCGUCUGCGCCCCAAGGACGCCAUUAGCGAGCUGGAUUCUGCAGACAUAGAGGUCACAGACAGUCGCUUGCCUAAUCCCACUUUCAUGGAACACCGGCCCCAGCAUCGUCGGUCAGAGACCUUGGGUACACCCACCGCGCCAUCCCAAGUGACGCACGUGAAGGCACGUUGUGCUCCGAAGCCACCCCAGGCCUCUGGUCAGUUCUCUGUGGAACUGGUUCGUGGUUCUGCAGGCUUUGGCCUCACACUAAGGGGAGGCCGAGAUGCAGGCACAGACGCUCCACUGGCAAUACGAGGGCUGCUGAAGGACGGGCCGGCACAGCGCUGCGGUCGCUUGCAGCCUGGUGACCUCGUGCUCCAUGUCAAUGGAGAGUCAACUCAGGGCCUCACCCAUGCCCAGGUGGUGGAGCGAAUUCGCACGGGCGGGCCCCGGCUCCACCUCGUGCUGAGCAGGCCUCUUGACAGCCAUCCCAGAAAGCCUGAGAUGGGGGGAGGACCUCGGAAAGGAGACGAUUGCAGCCCAGAUCCUGGGGGACCGGAGGUGAUGAGGUCUCCUAGGGCCAGCGCUUCCCCACUUCAGAAGCCUCAACCCUGUACAACACCCAAGACCCGGGGCACCCCAGAGCCUAGCCCCAAGGGGGCAACUGACAGCCUUGCUGUUCCUCCGCUUGAGCUCCGCCCGGGGGACUCGGACCACCAGUCCCCGGGUUCCCCAGGACCCUGGCUGGUGCCCAGUGAGGAACGGCUCUCACAGGCCCUAGGUGUCCCAGGGGCCACACAGCUUGCCCUGGAGAUGGCAGCUGGAAGACGGAGGCACUGAGCAACAUUUAACACCUGAUGGCAUGCCCACUGGGUACUGCCCCACUUGGAUGUGGCCUGCUCCGACAGCCGUGCAUUAGCAUUGCAAACAGAACCGCCGCUUGGCCUUGUCCCAGCUCCUGCUGUGCAGUUGACCAGCUUGUGCUCCCCUCGUGGUGUCAGUGGCACAGGCCUCCCAGACCCGCCAGCCUGGCGUCUCGGGGUGGGGAAGUAAUAAAUCUGUGGACGUGUCUUGACUUGCCAGGUGCUCUAGGCUGGGUGGGGCUCCCAAGUCCACCCAGUAAAGGAGGGGGAGGGUCAAUCCGGUUUUGGGGAGGGCCUCUUGCAACCACUGACAAGUGCUGUUUCUUUCAUGUACCUAGAGGGGUCUUUGCUUCUGCCAGUUCUCAGCCAGGCAUGCUUUCUCCCCACUCUGUUUCUCUUCAACAACUCCUGCUUCUCUACCCAUUCAUUAAUUUUACUUUUUUUGGAGGUGUGCAGAGCUCACAGAUAAUUAUUGCGUGUGUGUGAGGAAUGCAGCGGUGGGCCUGUUAGGGAGAGAGUACACCAGUGAUACCCACAGCCCUAGCCCUGAAUCAUCCAGACCCCUGGCAGCUGGCUGGAGAGCAAGGCUAAAAACUGGGCAGCUUGUUUCUCCAGGAGCCUGCGGUCUCUUACUUCCGCCUGAAACCCUCAGGGCAAGGGCUGGGGCCCUGGGGCCCCCUCUGGGGUGGAGCCGGGUAGGUGUGACUCAGCGGGCUGGGCUAAAAACAGCUGUUAGAACCUUUGGGCUACUCCCCCCUCUUCCAUAGAUGGUGACGAACUGCUGCCGUGCUUGUGUGCACAAGCCACAUGCUGGGCGUUCCCAGUCCUGGGAGAGGCCAGAAUUUCCUCCAUCCUGGGAACAGAGCCCUAAAAGCCUAGGCUUAUAUGGCCAGCAGGACUCCAAGCUGGGUGGCCCCAAAGCCGGUGCUAGCUAAGGCCAGAAAUACCCAGUCACCUUCGCUGUUACCACAUCCUGAACACUUGGCCUCAUCUCCUCAGCGAGGGAAGCUGUGGUCAGUGGACAGUUUUCACUCCUAUGGGGAGGGGUCUGUAGUGGGGAGAGAAAUUUAAGGACUAGAGUGUGAGCAUCCAGGGCAGCCCUGGGGAGGAGGGAAGGACUGCAAAGCCAGGCUGGGCAUUGGUGUAUAAAGAGGUGAGCCGACUCAGUGUUGUGGCUCAGUUGGUUCAGAAUGAUCCUGCAAACAGAGAAGUGGCUGGUUCAAUUCCCGGUCAUGGCACAUGCCUGGUCUGUUGGCCCCCGUUGGGGUGGGUGCGAGAGAGGCAACUGAUCAUUGUUUCUCUCCCUCUCUUUCUCCCUCCCUUCGUCUAUCUCUAAAAAUAAAUAAAUAGCCCUAUCUGGUGUGGCUCAGUGGAUUGAGCACCGGUUUGUGAACCAGAGGGUUGCUGGUUCAGUCCCAAUGUAGGGCACAUGCCUGGGUUGCAGGCCAGGUCCCUGGUAGGGGGUGCGUGAGAUAC